AUGUUUGCAAAGCUUGUAGGGGCUUGUGCUCUCUUGAGCGUAGUUCGUGGAGGACUUAUUGCGAGUCCCCAUGGCGCAGUUUCAUCGCAAAGUAUAAUCCUAGGGCACCCAGCAUCAGCACCAGCGUACGCUACAGCAUAUGCUGCACCGGCCUAUGCAAGGACAUAUACUCCAACCUAUGGCAUCGGACUAGGUCACAGUGCCGUCGUCGCACACGCAGCGCCAGUAUACCACGCAGCACCCAUCGCCCACGCCGUUGCCCCUGUUGAGGUUUAUUCCCACCCCCGCUACCAGUUCAACUACGGAGUCUCUGAUGGUCACACCGGCGAUCAAAAAAGUCAGUGGGAAGCGCGCGACGGUGACGUGGUGAAGGGUCAGUACUCUCUAGUCGAGCCCGAUGGCACCGUCCGUACCGUUGAUUACACUGCUGACGAUCACAAUGGGUUCAACGCUGUGGUGAACAGACAAGGACAUGCAGCCCAUCCUGCUGCAGCUCGCGUGGUUAAGACCUUAGUGGCUGCUCCAGCCCUUGGACAUGGGCAUCUUCUCGGCUAG